ACGGUGCGACGCUGUCGGCAACGUUGUUUGUCAACGUCACUCACUCAAUCCUACAAACAUGGCGUCUGCCGGCUUGUUGGCCAUCGAGCACAUGCAGAAGUAUGUCAGCCCAGUCAACCCGGCGGUGUACCCACACCUCACGCUGGUGCUCAUGGGCAUCGGUCUUUUCUUCAUGGCCUGGUUCUUUGUCUAUGAAGUGACAUCAACCAAGUUCACGCGAGACCUCUUCAAGGAGCUGGUCAUCUCACUGGUGGCUGCUGUGUUCUUGGGCUUCGGCAUCCUGUUCCUGCUGCUCUGGGUCGGGAUAUACGUCUAGGAGGGCUGUGGGGCAAGCGCUGUGCUCUUGGGGGGAACCGGAACAUCAGGUGGCAGGUGGUUCGUUCGUUGGAUGGCAUGAAGGGGGCAUCAACUGAAAUAUCUUGUCAAUCACAAGCCAUGUGAAGUCUGACUGCUGUACAGUUAUCUUCAUUUUUUGUUUAGUAAACAAGUUUUGUCUCAAUG